AUGCCACCCCGAGAGGAGAAGAGCCAAUUGAAGCGCCCUCGUGGCUCGAUUCCCGAGGGCGAGACAGAGUACAAGAAACCUCGCCGCUCCGACCGUCUGACAAACCCUGGCGAUGGCGACAAGACCCCGGUCACCAAGAACAAACAGCAGCUGCCAUCUCCUGUCACGCAGCUCACAUCGGGGGAGGCCACGAAGGAGAGAUCCCCCUCGCGCCAGAUUGGCGGCCCGAGUACGCCUCGCAAGCCCGAGGAACUGCAUGAGCUGAGCCAGGCCCUCUCGUCGCCACCUCAGGACACUCAGCCCCUCAGCCAGUUCGUCGAGCCGAAUGCUGUGGCGCUUGCCGAGGAGGAAGAGGACGAGGUCCAAGAGGGCGUCUGGGGCUACCUCGUUCCGUUGGACCCCAAGUAUGGCGACAAACCCAUGGUGCUCAAGAGGAGGGGCGCAUGCCCGAGGCCCAGCAAGGAGUUGACGGCGGACAAGAAGUCCAGCAGUCGCCAGGGGAAGCCAGACACGCUGGGCGACGAAGAGGCAUACGAGAAGAGCAAGAUUGGCAACACACCGUCUGGUGGAUACCUGAUCGGGAGACACCCAGAGUGCGACGUCAUUGUCAACAACCAUAUUGUGUCGAACCGCCACUGCCUCAUCUUUACGGAGAACCAGGGUAGCGAUACCACCGCCAUCCUCGAGGACCUGUCGCAGAACGGCACCUUUGUGAACGAGGCGUACGUCGGCCGCAACCAGCGGCGGGAGCUGGAGCACGGCGAUGAGAUUGCCGUGCACGGCAGCGCACGCUUCGUCUUCCGGUACCCUCACAGUCGCCAGACGAGCGCGUUCCUACAGCAAUACACGUUGCUGCAGAAGCUCGGCAAGGGCCAUUUUGCCGAGGUCUACCUCUGCGUGGAAAAGUCCACCGGCCAACGAUACGCCGUCAAGAUCUUCACGAGGCAUCCCGGUGUUGAGGACCGCUCGAAAACCGAGGGCCUGCAGCAGGAGAUUGGCGUGCUGAUGGGCGUUAGCCACCCCAACGUGCUCUGUCUCAAGGACACCUUUAACGAGAAGGACCGAGUCUACCUGGUGCUGGAGCUCGCAGCCGAGGGCGAGCUCUUCAACUUUAUCGUCAUGAAGCAGAAGCUGAGCGAAGAUGAGUCGAGGAAACUGUUCAUUCAGCUCUUCCAGGGUAUCAAGUACCUGCAUGAGCGCAAUAUUGUGCAUCGCGACAUUAAGCCCGAGAACAUCCUCCUGACCGACAAGAACUUGCACGUAAAGCUGGCGGACUUUGGCCUCGCCAAGAUCAUUGGCGAGGAGUCCUUCACGACUACGCUGUGCGGCACGCCUAGCUAUGUGGCCCCAGAGAUCCUGGCAGACACCAAGCAUCGCAGGUACACAAAGGCAGUUGACGUGUGGUCGCUUGGCGUCGUCCUGUACAUCUGUCUCUGCGGGUUCCCGCCAUUCUCCGACGAGCUUUACUCGAGAGACUUCCCCUACACCCUGUCACAGCAAAUCCGUAGCGGGCGGUUCGACUACCCGUCACCCUACUGGGAUUCUGUUGGUGAUCCUGCACUUGAUCUCAUUGACUCGAUGCUGGUGGUGGACCCCGAGAAGCGCUUCACCAUCGAUCAGUGCCUAUCACACCCGUGGCUGGCAUCUACGAGCAACAAUGUGAAUGACAGCACUGGCGGUCUCGUGGGGGGCAUCGCCGGUUUGGAGGUCAAUAGGAGAGCCCCUCCCCGCGAGCGUACGCUCUUGUCCAACCUCAACUCGGUCCAGGUCGCAGCCACUGUCGACGGCAACAAAAGCGCCGUCAAGGUGUUCGCCAAGAACAAGCAAAACGUCACGAACACGCGCAAGGAGGCUGGGCCCGCGAACGACAGGGCCCCGGAGGAGUUCAUCGAAAUGGGUGGAAAGGGUGACCAGCAGCUGUUUGGAGACGACAGCUCAAGCAUCUACCCAACAAAGGAGACGACGGCGGGGGCGAAACCACACACCAAGUCGAAGACGAACGGGCGAUAG